ACGACACCAAGCACGCCAUUAAAUAGCAGUAGGCCGGACUCCCCGCUCUCUCGGUCUUAGCGCCAUCUUCCUUGAGACUCCUGCGCCAUGAGAGCGAAGUGGCGGAAGAAGAGAAUGCGCAGGCUGAAGCGCAAGAGAAGAAAGAUGAGGCAGAGGUCCAAGUAAACCAUCUUGUGCACCCACGAAGCCUGCGGGAGCAGAAGUAAGGGAUGCUGAAGCCCGGAACAAGUGGUUGGACUGUAUGCUGCUGUCGGUAAUAAGUCUCAGUAGACCCGGAAUGUCACCUCGCCGAGAUCAGCUGGGAAAAUGACUACCUUCCUCACAACCAAAACAGUCCCGCUGGCCCUCUGCCCUGGACCUUUGGCAUUCUGGACUAGUUCUGUUCUCUUGUGGCCAAGUGUAACUCGUGUACAAUAAACCCUCUUGCUGUCAGCUGAAGAAUCAAA